AUGUGCAGUAGCUGCCGCUGAAGAAAGAUGGCGGAAGAAGAGCAAAGAAAAAGGAUUCCAUUGGUUCCAGAAAAUCUCCUGAAAAAGAGGAAAGCGUAUCAAGCCCUCAAAGCCACACAGGCAAAGCAGGAGCUUUUGGCCAAGAGGGAGAGGAAAAGAAAAGAAUUCAGGUUUAAGCGACUGGAGUCCUUCGUGCACGAUUCCUGGCGGCAGCGACGGGAUGCAGUCCGGCUCCGACGACUGAAAGUAAAACCUCGAGCCUUGGAAAUGCCAGACAAGCUUUCCUUGGCCUUUGUUGUACGGCUCCAAAGGAUUAACGGGGUGAGUUCACUGGUGGAGAGGACCAUUGCAAGACUUCGCCUGAAGAAACUGUUCAGUGGCGUCUUUGUCAAGGUCACCCCCCAAAACCUAAAACUGCUGCGGAUAGUGGAACCUUACAUGACCUGGGGAUUUCCAAAUCUGAAGUCUGUCUGGGAACUCAUCCUGAAACGUGGACAAGCAAGGGUCAACAAUAAGAGCAUCCCUCUGACAGACAACACCAUGAUUGAGGAGCACCUGGGGAGAUUUGGUGUCAUCUGCUUGGAAGACCUCAUUCAUGAAAUUGCCUUCCCGGGGAAGUAUUCCCAGAAUAUUGCGAGGUUCCUGCACCCUUUCCAACUGUCAGUGGCCCAUCAUGCUACCAAGAACAGAGUGGGCUUCCUCAAGGAGAUGGGCUCACCUGGCUAUCGGGGUGAACGCAUUAAUCAGCUCAUCCGCCAGCUGAACUAGACCCAGGUGAGGCGGGGCACGGCUGCCCUUGGCUGCCUUGUGAUGAACCAUUCCUUGCCGUGGAAUAGCUGUUUUUGCAUUUACCCUUUGAGAGGAUUUCAGAGUAGCCUUGACUCUGGAGGGGAAGAGGAGGCUGGUCUCAUGGAUGGAGACCUGCUUGGAACAGUGACUGCCCAAUCAGACCAUGAGGCUGUGUUUAUCCUAAGAGUUACAGGCUAAAAAAUGUUCACUAACAUGGAAACUUCUGUAUUGCUUUGGUCAUUUAGCCGGAAA